CAUUCUCCUCUCAAAAGGGUAAAGAGAAGCGAGGGGAUGAUUAAGCGUAUCGACCGUCGAGAUAUCUAAUCGGUGUCGCCGCCUUUCUCCGCCGUCUUAAUUCGACGUCGUUUGGUUUUGGAGAAGACGAAGCAGGAGUAGAGUAUGUCUGGGAGGCUGCUGAAGAAGGUUCUCCAGGAACAUGAAGAAUCGAAACAACAGAUUCAUCACGAAGAAGAGGAAGAAGACGAAGACGAAGAAUCGGGAGCUCGUUCUUCGAUUAAUCCGUUUGAUCUCUUGAACGAAGAUGAUGAUGAAGAUCCUGAGGAGAUAGAGACUGAUGAUGAGACUAUAGUUGAGAAGAAGAAUGAAGAUGCUGAUCACUUGUCAAAGAAUGUUGUAGUGUCUAAGAAUAAGUCGAAGAAAAAGAAGAAGAAGAAAAACAAAGAGACUGCUUCCAAUGUGGCCAAGCCUGAAAUCUCUUUGGAUGAGACUUUAGAAGCGCUUGGUCUCAGUGCUGAUAAGGUUCAGGAGACCAAAGCAAAUGCUGAUUCUUCCAAAAAGGCUUCUUCUUCACGAUAUGUUUUGGAAAUAGAUCCCAAGUAUCUUAAUCUUGAAAACGAGUUGAGGAGAGUGUAUGGUUCAAAGGCUAUGAGGUCCUUUGAGAGUGGUUCUCAAGGUGGUGGUAGCUCUAGACUGGGACGAGGGGGAAGACGUGGAGCUCAUCAUAUCACAAAGACGGUUCUCAUUUCUCCAAAGGAGAAUUGGUCUCGCUGGGAUCGAUCUUUCUCCAUGGAGUUUCUAGAGACUAAAGAUGGUAACAACUACUUCAGAUAUACCCAUUCAGAUUCAUAUGAGCAGGCUCAGAGGGCAUUUCAAGCUGCACAGGCUAUCCAUGAUUUGAAUGGUGUUGCAAGUGUCCUUAUACACCAUCCUUACCAUAUCGAGUCGCUCAUUACUAUGGCGGACUACUUUAAGUUUGUUGGUGAGCAUGAUAUGGCUGCAGAUGCCAUUGGCAAGUGUUUGUACGGAUUGGAGCGGGCAUGGCACCCUAUGUUCACGCCGUUCCAGGGUAACUGCCGGUUGGAUUUUAACCACGACACAAACAAGCUGUUCUUCAAAACGCUUUUCACUCACAUGAGAAACAUGGACAGGCGUGGCUGUCAUAGAUCAGCGUUGGAGGUCUGCAAAUUCUUGCUUUCAUUGGACACGAGUGAUCCAGUGGGCGCUUUGUUUUGCGUGGAUUACUUUGCUUUGAGAGCAGAGGAGUAUGCGUGGCUGGAGCAAUUCUCUGAGGAGUACCGAAAUGACAACUCAUUGUGGCUCUUCCCAAAUUUCUCAUAUUCUCUUGCAAUAGCCCGGGUUUUUCUUGAGAAGAUGGAGUCCUCGUCUUCCUCAGAAGCCACUCACAUAGAUACUUCGAAGUCUAGCUCGUUGGAUCUCAUGAAACAAGCUUUGAAGCUUCAUCCGACAGUACUCAGGAAACUAGUGGACAAAGUACCUUUGAAAGAUCAGGUUUGGACAAAGAUACUCAAGCAUUCUUACUUCCGGUCAGGUGAAUCAAAGAUAAUGUCCUUGGAUCACCUUAUCAACAUAUAUGUCGAGAGGAACUACCUUAUAUGGAGGCUUCCAGAUGUACAAAAAUUGCUUCGGAGUGCUGCUGAUCUAGUAAUUGAGUCACUGGAACAAGACGGAACCGAAGCCGAGAGCUGGCUUUGUGUAAGGAAAGAAGCUUUCUCUGCUGAGAAUAACCAGUACUCUCAUUUAUCAACCCAUGAUUUCUCUGAUUCGAUGCCGACACUCCCACCAGACAAUUUGCAGAACUUUGUGGCUAAUCCAAGAAUGGUGGGAGGAGAUCAAAUGGGUGAAGGGGGAGGUGAACAGCAAGCACCACCGCCUCCUCCACGUGAUCUGGCAAAUAGGCAUGCAUUGGCUGUGUUGAUGGAGUCAAUUCUUCCAUGGGCUCACUAUGGAAAUGAAGGCGAUGAUCCCCUCAACCAACCAGACAACAACGGCUAAAUAAAUGGCUCUUUAAGUGGAGAAAGAAGAAAAACUGCUACAAAUACAUUUUACAAAAAUGUGGCCCUUGCAUUUGCUGUACAGUGCCAUUUUGAUGGUUUAGUUUUUAUACUUGCUAGAGCUAGAGCUACUUGUGAGAUUUGAUACUUUCGGUUUAAUCGGAUUUAAUCAUUUUCAAUU